CUGUGGGACUCUAAUUCAGCACAAAUAAUAAUAGCAUUGAAUCCUUCCAGUUUCAAGUUGAGUACAGAAGUAUUACCCUUGAGAGAAUGGAGGAAAUCAACAACCCAGCUAUGAAAGUAUCAUCAUCAAUCAGCAGCUGGUUAUCUGAUUUGGAAAUGGACGAAUACAAUAUAUUUGCUGAGGAAUGCAACCUUAAUUUCCUUGAUGCUGAUGUGGGAGGGUUUCUUUCAAAUGACAUAUCUAAUGUAUUUCAAGAACAAAACAAACAACAAUGUUUAUCUUUGGGGUCCACUUUUCAUGAAACAAUUGAUAAUAGUGACAAAAACAAUGAAUCUCUUUCUCCAUCUUUUCAGUUUCAAGUUCCAUCUUUUGACAACCCCCCAAAUUCAUCCCCUACUAACUCAAAAGAGAAUAUUGAAACAAUACCAUUGUCUCCAACCGAUUUGGAAAAUAUGAAUCACUCAACAGAAACCUCAAAAGGGUCAUUGGAAAAUAAAAAGUUGGAAACAAAAACCUCAAAAAGCAAAAGGCCACGUGCUCAUGGUAGAGAUCACAUCAUGGCUGAGAGAAAUCGAAGAGAGAAACUCACCCAAAGCUUCAUUGCUCUUGCAGCUCUUGUUCCUAACCUUAAGAAGAUGGAUAAACUAUCUGUACUAAUUGACACUAUCAAAUACAUGAAAGAGCUUAAAAAUCGUUUGGAAGAUGUGGAAGAACAAAACAAGAAAACAAAAAAAAAAUCAUCGACCAAACCAUGCCUAUGCAGCGAUGAAGAUUCGUCAUCAUGUGAGGAUAACAUUGAAUGUGUUGUUGGUUCACCAUUUCAAGUGGAAGCAAGAGUGUUAGGAAAACAAGUGCUGAUUCGGAUCCAAUGCAAGGAGCAUAAGGGGCUUCUGGUUAAAAUUAUGGUCGAAAUUCAAAAAUUUCAACUAUUUGUUGUCAAUAACAGUGUCUUACCCUUUGGAGAUUCUACGCUCGACAUUACCAUCAUUGCUCAGUUGGGUGAAGGGUACAACUUGAGCAUAAAGGAACUUGUGAAGAACGUACGCAUGGCAUUAUUGAAGUUUACGUCAUCAUAAGGUGUUUUUGUGGAGCUGUCGGUUAACAAAAGUCACAAAUAUUUUUGGAUUUUCCUUAUUGUUGUACAAUUUCGUUCCGGCAUAAAGAUGCAAAUCUCUGUGUUAUUUUAAUGAUAAAUAUUGAUUUGUUAAUUAUUAUAUUAGUAUUUUUUUUUCUUUGUUAGAACUUGAACUCGGGAUCUGUAACUCCUUAACUCUUUUAGAUCAAGAAAUUGAACUAUAUAUAUUGGAUAAAUAA